CCCCCUCUGCCAUUUGACGGUGUUGAGACUGCGCAGUAUCACCAUGGGGAGUUCACGUUAACGGACUGACAGUCGAACCCAGAUUAAUGUUUUAUAUUUUGUCAAUUCCUCGGUAUUCUAUGCACUAUAAUCCGCAUUUUUAGUUAGUUUUUGUGGGAGAACAUGCGGCGGAGUAAGGCUGAAGUGGACCGCUACGUUUCGUCGGUGCAGAGUUCAUCUCCUUCUCUCAAAGAGAAGCCAAUCAAAGGGUUUUUAUUCGCUAAAUUGUACUUUGAAGCAAAGGAAUAUGAACUUGCAAAAAGACAUGUAUCAGAGUAUCUCAAAGUCCAGGAGAGGGAUCCGAAAGCACACAAAUUCCUUGGACAGCUCUUCGAGAGAGAGGGAGACAUCAGCAAGGCAGUAGGAUGUUACAAGCGGUCAGUGGACCUGAACCCAGCCCAGAGGGACCUGGUGCUGAAGGUGGCAGAGCUACUGGUCAGUAAGCAGGAAUGUGACAGCAGAGCAGAGUUUUGGGUGGAGAAAGCUGACAAGCUGCUGCCCGGUAACCCUGCAGUCUUCAACCUGAAGGAGCGUUUGUUGAGUCGUCAGGGUCAGCCGGGUUGGAACCGGUUGUUCGACCUCCUCCAGGCCGAGCUGGCGGCGAGGCCAGGUGACUCUCAUGUGAACGUGAAGCUGGUUCAGCUGUUCUGUCAGGACGGACGGCUGGAUGAAGCCGUGAAACAUUGCCUGGCUGCUGAGAAAAGGGGCAUGCUGAGCCACAGCCUGGACUGGUACACUGUGGUGGUGCGCACACUGCAGGAGUAUCUAGACCAGCCCAGCGUCUCCAGUAAUGAGAAGAUGUGCCGUCGUCUCCAGAGAGAGCUGCUAUUGGCCCACUGCAGCCUGCUGAGAAUCACACUGUCUGAGAGCAGCAUGCAGCCCAGCCUUGAUGCACUCACAGGUUUUGACCAAGCUAUGCAGACGCUGAGCAGCAUUGCUGGCCGCCACACAGACGAUCUGUGUGAGGUGUUUGUGGAGAUGAGAGGUCACCUCUACCUGCACGCUGCCACGCUGCUGUUGAAGCUGGCUCAGGAUCACCAACAGACCUGGAGGGCUAUCAUUGACCUGGCUGCACUCUGCUACCUGCUGGCAUACCAGGUCCCCAGACCAAAGGCUAAAGUGACCAAAAGAGAUCAGUCGGCCCCACAGCUUCUGGAGCUGCUGGCCAACGACCGACAGAGUCAGGCAGGCCACAUGUUGCUAAAUCUGAGCACCGAUUCCUCUACCUUGAUCAGAGAGGUGGUGGAGGCGUUUGGGAACCGUAGUGGUCAGGACUCUCUGUUUGAACUCCUGUUUGGAACACAGGCCUCCACUGGAUCUUCCUUUAUUGCCAAUGAUGACAUUCGUUCCAUUAACACCACGGGUCCAGAGCUCUCGCAACUCGCCAAAUGGGACGCUGGCUCCAUCCUGCUGCAUGCUGGUGACCUGCAACAUCUAAGCUGGUUAGGGCUCCAGUGGACCCUCCUAGCCCAAAGACCAGCCCUGCAGGACUGGCUACAGCAGCUCUUCCCUAGACUUACUCUGGAAACCUCCAAACUGGACACCAACGCACCAGAGUCCAUCUGCCUGCUCGACCUGGAGGUGUUUUUAUACGGUGUGGUGUUCUGUAGCCACUGUCAGCUCCAGGAGACGGCGAAGAUAAGCAGCGGCAUGAACCAGCAGCAACAGCAGCUCUUCGAGCCUCGCUGCCUCCCCCUUCCCCUCCUUCGCCUCCUGACCACUGACAGACAGAGGGAGUGGUGGGACGCCAUCUACAGCCUCAUUAACAAACGAGCAGCUCCUGGCAUGUCAGCCAAACUGCGGAUGAUUGUGCAGCAUGGACUGAGCACUCUGAGGGCCGGAGAGAAACAUGGGCUCCAACCAGCGCUGGCCAUCAACUGGGCACAGUUUCUCAGCCAAACGGGUGAUGGCAUGAACUCGUACUACGACCAGAAAGAGUACAUCAGCCGCAGCGUCCACUACUGGAAAGUUGUACUUCCGCUGUUGGAAAAGGUCAAAAACAGACGCAGCAUACCAGAACCACUCGACCCCCUCUUCAUACACUUUCGCUCCAAAGAUAUUCAGAUUUCUUCUGUGAAGGGCCAUGAAGAGGAAGCCAAGAUAGCAUAUUCGGUUAUCCUUGACAUUGAAGGAAAAACAGAGGAGGCCAUUGCUACCUUGGAAACCAUCAAUAACAUAUCAUCCAUCUGGCAUUUGGCACAGAUCUACCAGCGGCUAUCAGAGGAGGCCAGCAACGGGGUUGAGGAGACCCAAGACAGGUGCAUCACUUUUCUGAGAAAGUUUAGGACCUACCUGUCCAAGAUCUACAAUGCUAAUGCAGAUGACAUUGAGAGGCUACCUGUCUCCAUGGAGGAAGUUGUGGACCUCCUGAAUGAUGUGAACCAGCAGCUGGGCGAGAGUGUGGAGGCUAUGGAUGGAGAGGAGGAGAAGGAGGAAGAGGGUCGAAGAGGACCAGCCCACUCCAGCCCUGCUCAUCCCAUAGAAACCUCUACCACCAUAUCCCACAUAAAGUUUUCCACUCCCUCUCCCAACAAGAGCAUCAUCUCUCCUUCCAAAAGACACCUGAUUUCUCCCAAGACACCGCCUCAUUGGGUGGAGGACCAGAAAAGUCUCCUCCAGAUGCUGUGUCAGCAAGUUGAAGCCCUCAAGAAUGAGGUUCAUGACCUGAGACACAACUCUUCAGGAAACGCAGGCUCCCCUCAUCACAAGAUGUAUGGGGAGAGCUACGGGGCUGAGGGCCUACAGGAGCCCUUUACCCCGGUCCAGUCCUACCAUGGAGCCCCACUAACAGUUGCCACCACAGCCCCCUCUGUGUACUACAACCAGUCUCCAGCUUAUAACUCUCAGUAUCUCCUGCGCACAGCAGCAAAUGUAACCCCCACUAAGGGCCCAAUGUAUAGUAUGAACCGUAUGCCACCUCAGCAGCAUAUGUAUACCUACCAGCAGCCCACUCAUACUCCUCCAUUGCAGACAGCCCCAGCCUGCAUUUACCCUCCUCAAGAACAGGUCUUUGGUACCCCUCUUCGGUUUGAAUCACCAGCCACAAACCUUCUUUCCCCAUAUAGUGAAGAAUACUAUGGGCAGAGUGUAACCCAACAAACCACUAACCCUCCCCUACCUGAACCUGGCUACUUCACCAAGCCAUCUGUAGUCCCUGUUCAGCCACCAAAGAGCAUUGAGGGGAAGCCUAUGGACUUUGGGAAGCUCUCCUUCAGCCAGCAAGCACCUGCUGAAGUCCCCAAAGUGCCUAGUUUUGGAGCAGGGAUUGUUUCCCAGUCAACGCCGUCAGCUGCUUUUAAAUUCAACUCCAACUUUAAAUCGAACGAUGGAGAUUUCACUUUCCCACCUUCCCAGGCCAAGCACAGUGAAAGUCUGCUUGGUCUUCUUACGUCAGACAUUCCUACUAAAAUAGAUACUGUCCCAGAGAAGCCUCCAGGCCAGGAGCAGCCCCCCAGCCAAACGGGCAUCUUCACCUUUGGUAAUAAAAGUGUUACUGGCUUCUCCUUUACUGAUUCUACGCCUAGCACCGGCACUGGAAGUCUUUUUGGAAAGGCGGAUCAGCCGUUCGCAUUUGGGAAUGUCACCAAGCCAGUGUUUGGGGUUGCCACACCUGCAGCAGAAGAGGAAAGAGCAGCGGAGAGUGACAAUGACAGCACUCAUGUUGAGGAGGAUGAAGAUGGUCCUCACUUUGAACCCAUUGUACCCCUCCCUGAUAAAGUAGAUGUGAAAACAGGUGAGGAGGAGGAAGAGGAAAUGUUUUGCAACAGGGCAAAGCUGUAUCGAUUUGACACAGACACAAAAGAGUGGAAGGAGCGGGGAAUUGGCAAUGUUAAAAUCCUAAAACACAGCGCUAAAGGGAAGGUCCGCCUCUUAAUGAGAAGGGAACAGGUCCUUAAGAUCUGUGCAAACCAUUACAUCAAUACCGAUAUGCUACUGAAACCGAAUGCUGGCUCUGACAAAUCCUGGGUCUGGAAUGCCAUUGAUUAUGCAGAUGAAGAGCCUAAGACCGAACAGCUGGCCAUCCGCUUCAAAACAGCAGAUGAGGCAUCACUUUUCAAAGCUAGGUUUGAGGAAGCCCAGAAAAUUGUGCUCAAAUCAUCAGAAAAGCAUGAUCAACAGGAGAAGAAAAAGGAAAGCAUAAAACCUUCUGAUUCACUGGCAGCCCAGUUCGGGCUUAAAGAAGGAGAAUGGGACUGCACUGUGUGUUGUGUAAGAAAUAAACCCACAGAUAUGAGGUGUGCCGCUUGUCAAACUGCCAAUCCCAAUUCAUCAUCCAAGACAGACAUUCAGGCUGCUGGUGAAACCAAACCCGGUCCCUUUACUUUCAAAUUUGGGACUGAUUCAUCAAAACCCAGUAGUUCUGGCUCUACUUUUACUGGAUUUGGUGCUUUUGGGGCGUCUAUACCCUCCUCAUUUACAUUUGGCACCAGCACCUUAAAACCUGCUGACACAGUAACCAGUGCGUUUGGUUCUGGCUCGUUUGGUUCUGGCUUUGGGGCUCAGUUUGGCAAGAAGCCAGGGCAGUGGGACUGUGAUGUAUGUGAAGUAAGAAAUGAGGCUUCUGAAAACAGUUGUGUUUCGUGUAAAGCUCUUAAAGCCUCACCUAAAACAACUGUGACAGCACAAACAACACCAGCUGCAGAUGCACCCUCUAUAUCUGUUGUUGGGUUUGGUGCCCAGUUUAGCAAGAAGCCCGGGCAGUGGGAUUGUGAUGUAUGCGAAGUAAGAAAUGAGGGUUCUGCUAACAACUGUGUCGCCUGUCAAACCCCCAACCCUGCUGCUAAAUCAACAGUGGGGGUUCCAGUAGUGUCAAAUCUGCCAGUAGUGUCAGGAUUUGGGGCUGAUUUGGAAACAAAGGAUAGGCAAUGGGACUGCAAUAACUGCCUGGUCAGAAAUGAUGCCUCAGCUGCUGAAUGUGUUUCCUGCAAUUCCCCAAAUCCUACUCCCUCUUUAGCAGCAAUGUUUGCCAUGAAGGAUGGGGAAUGGGAUUGUGACGCUUGUCUGGUGAGAAACGAUGCCUCUGCCAAUAAGUGCGUGGCCUGUCAGACACCAAAUCCCGACACUAAAAGCACAAUCAGCACUGCUCCCUCGGCCUCCACGUUCAGCUUUACAUUUGGAAGCAAAAGUUCAUCAAGCCAGCCUGCUGGAACUGGAUUUACAAUUCCUUUUGAAACUGGCAGCACUUUUCAGUUUGGUCAAAACAAAGAGAAAAGCUCAGCUGCUUCUUUUAAGUUUGAAGCUCCUCAGUCUGGAGCUAGUACCACAAGUGCUUCAGGCUUCUCUUUCUCAAUGCCCGUUCCAGCUGGUGGCUUCAAGUUUGGCAUUCAGGACUCCGCACAAGAAAUUCCCUCAACUGAUGAUCAGCCGCCUCCAUCAGGGUCAGCCUCCAGUUUCCUGAAAAGCAUAGCUGACAAACACAAGGAGAAAGAAAAUGUGUCUGCACCCUCAGAGGGCCAAACAGAGGAAGAUCAAAACCCAUUAAUUUCUGGAAAAACCAGUACAUUCAGUUUUGCAGACUUAGCAAACACUUCUGAGGGAGACUACCAGUUUGGACAGAGUGACCCCGAUUUUAAAGGUUUCUCUGGCGCUGGUCAGCAGGUGUUCUCAACUCCCACCAAGACAGCUGCCACAAAUGAGCUGGAAGACGACGACAUGUAUAAAACAGAGGAUAAUGACGAUAUCCAGUUUGAGCCAGUGGUCCAGAUGCCUGAUAGGGUGGACCUGGUGACGGGGGAGGAGGAUGAACAGGUUCUUUACUCUCAGCGUCUCAAACUGUUCAGAUUUGACUUGGAUACCAGUCAGUGGAAAGAGCGUGGUGUAGGAAUCCUUAAAUUCCUGAAAAACAGCUCUAACGGCAGGCUAAGGGUGCUGAUGAGAAGAGAGCAAGUUCUGAAGGUGUGCGCCAACCACUGGAUCACCACCACCAUGAACCUUAAGCCCCUGGCAGGCUCAGACAAAGCAUGGAUGUGGUUGGCCAAUGACUUCUCUGAUGGGGACGCUAAACUUGAACAGUUGGCUGCCAAGUUUAAAAGCCCAGAGCUUGCCGGGGAGUUUAAGGAGAAGUUUGAAGAGUGUCAGAGACUUCUCUUGGACAUCCCCCUACAAACCCCCCACAAGCUUGUUGACACAGGCAGAACAGCACACCUCAUUCAGAAAGCAGAGGAGAUGAAGUCUGGUUUAAAAGACCUGAAAUUCUUUUUGACAGACGUGAAAACAAAGAUAAAAGAUGACAACAACCAGGGAGACAUUACAACAUCCAGCAACGUUUCAAACCUUGUAAUCAAGCCCCACGGGGAAACCACCGGCCCCACCUUGGAGUGGGAUAACUACGACCUAAGAGAAGAGGCUUUAGAUGAUACUGCUGACUCAUCAAUCUAUACUACUCCUGUAUCCAGCAGCCCACUGAGAAAGAACCUUUUCCGCUUUGGAGAAUCCACUGGUGGAUUCAACUUCAGCUUUCAACCUGGCAUCAGCCCCUCCAAGUCUCCUGCUAAGCUUAACCAGAGCAGAGCCUCAGUGGGUACUGACGACGAGCAGGAUAUAACCCAGGAUGAGGAGAGGGAUGGCCAGUACUUUGAACCUGUGGUCCCCUUGCCUGAUCUGGUGAAUACUUCUACAGGAGAGGAAAAUGAGCAGGUGGUCUUCAGUCACAGGGCCAAACUGUAUCGCUACAAUAAGGAACUGGGUCAGUGGAAGGAGAGGGGUAUCGGAGACCUCAAGUUCUUGCAGAAUUAUGACACCAAACGUGUGAGGUUGAUAAUGAGGAGAGACCAGGUACUCAAGAUCUGUGCCAACCACAGGAUCACAGCAGCCAUGAAGCUGGAACCUAUGAAGGGUGCAGAGAAGGCCUGGGUCUGGAGUGCCUUGGACUUUGCUGAAGUAUUAGAGGGUAACAUUGAGCAGUUGGCUGUGAGAUUCAAGCUGCAGGAGACUGCAAAUGCAUUCAAACAGGUAUUUGAAGAGGCCAAGGUUGCCCAAGAAACAGAGGAACUCAUGACCCAAGUGACAUCCAGGGUUGCCACACCUCAAGACAGUACACCUGCAGCAUCUACACAGAUUGCUACACCUGUGUGUGGGAAGGCAGCCAUCGCUGUUCUGGAAGAGACCACAAAGGAACGUACAGAGCUUUCCCCCGACUGUCAGCCAUGUGCAGCCGAGUCUCCAGGUCCAGUCAACCCCUCAAAGACAGUGGUGUCGCCCCCUAAGUUUGUCUUUGGCACUCAUAGCCUUCAGAAGUUUUUUGGCUCUCCUAAAUUUCACUCUGAGUCGGAGGAAUCUGCAUCCAGUUCGAAAGCCAAAGAUUCUGGACCUCCUGAGAGGGCUUCUCCUGCAUUCAAAAUCCCAGAGAAAGGGCUGGAUUUUAGGCUUUUCAAAGAUAACCCAAUGGCUUUUUGGACCAGCACAUCAACCACCCAAUUUGAACCCCCAGGAACGCCUCAGGCAGAAGGAGGCGGUGCAGGGUCAGAUGAGGACUCGGAGGUGGAGGUUGUGUAUGUCAGGGAACCCACUGCUGAGCAGGCAGCUUUAGCCAGGAAACUCCUGCUGCCUCUCACCUUCUUCUGCUACCAGAAUGAACCCGACUACACCAGCGACGAUCAGACUGAUGAUGAGGACUUUGAGUCAGCAGUAAAGGCGUUGAAUGGAAAGCUCUACCCCGAUCCUCCGGAGAAAAAGGCUGCAGCAUGUGGUGAUGAGCCAGACUGCCAGGUGGUGUGGGAGAAGAAGCCGACGCCAGAGGAGAAGGAGAAGGCCAAAAGCCUCCAGCUUCCACCCACCUUCUUCUGCGGCCUGAGCACCACAGACAGCGACCCGGACCACGACAAGCCUGAAGACUUUGAGACAGAAGUCCGCAAGGCUCAACAAGACCUGGUAACGGACACAACACGCAAUAAUGGUGCCGAAUUAAACCAAGCUGAAGAGGCCUCCAGCAGCGCUGCUGCAGCCCCAGAAGAACCGACAUCAGGCCCGUCAUUCAGCAGCGCAGCGGCUGCAGACAGCACGGCGGCUGCAGACAGCACAGCGGCGGCUGCAGACAGCACAGCGGCGGCGGCUGCAGACAGCACAUCGGCGGCGGCUGCAGACAGCACAUCGGCGGCGGCUGCAGACAGCACAUCGGCGGUGGCUGCAGACAACACAGCGGCGGCGGCUGCAGACAGCACAGAGGCGGCGGCUGCAGACAGCACAGAGGCGGCGGCUGCAGACAGCACAGCGGUGGUGGCUGCCGACAGCCCAGCGGCGGCUGCCGACAGCACAGCAGCGGCUGCAGACAGCACAGCGGCGGCUGCAGACAGCACAGAAACUGCAGAUAGCAGAGCGGCUGCAGACAGCACAGCCGUUGCAGACAGCACAACUACACCGGAGGAGCAGACCUCAGACCAGCCAACUGAGACACAGAGUGAAGCUCCUAGCAGCAGCUCCCCCAUUGACCUGUCAACUAAGAAGAGCCCAGAGCCAGAGUUCAGCACUGGGACUGCAUUUACAGCUAGUCAAGACUCCUCCGGCUUUGGCUUCGACUCGUUAGGAGGCUCCUCUUUUGCUGAUUUGGCCCACACCACAGACGCAUUUGCAUUUGGAACUCAAGACUCCAACUUCUCGUGGGCAAAUGCUGGAGCGUCAGUAUUUGGGGCCGGAGUGUCCUCUGCGCCGAAAAACAACGGCGGUGAGGAGGGCAGUGAUGAAGAGGACGCUUCCAAUGUGGACAUUCACUUUGAGCCAAUAGUGUCAUUACCAGAGGUGGAGACAAAGUCUGGAGAGGAGGAUGAAGAAAUCCUGUUCAAGGAGCGCGCCAAGCUGUACCGAUGGGACCGAGACCUCGGCCAGUGGAAGGAGCGUGGCGUCGGCGACCUCAAGAUCCUCUACCACCCAACCAAACAUUGCUACCGAAUCCUGAUGAGAAGAGAGCAGGUGCUGAGGGUUUGUGCCAACCACACAAUCAUUCAGGCGAUGGAACUCCAACCAAUGAACGCCUCGGCUAACGCACUGAUCUGGACGGCUACCGACUACUCAGACGGCGACGGCAUAGUGGAGCAGCUGGCGGCCAAGUUCAAAACCCCCGAAAUAGCCGAAUCCUUCAAGAAGAUUUUCAUUGAGUGUCAGAGACGCACGGGCCAAACUGAAGACGAUGCCUUGUGUAUCUCCACACCACAGAUGUCCAGAGUUCAAGAGCACUCCAGAGACACUAACCCCAAGGUGUUCCUUGAAGUGGCAGGCGACGGCCAACUGCUGGGCACAAUCACCGUAGAGCUUUUCUCCCAUAUUGUCCCCAAGACGGCGGAGAACUUCAGGGCUCUCUGUACAGGCGAGAAAGGUUUCGGGCUUCGGAACUCCAUCUUCCACAGAGUCAUACCGGCCUUCAUGUUGCAGGGUGGUGACUUCACCAACAAUAAUGGCACAGGAGGAAAGUCCAUCUACGGCACCAAGUUUGAGGAUGAGAACUUCGAUGUUCGGCACACGGGCCCGGGCAUUCUGUCGAUGGCCAAUCGCGGGCGCGACACCAACAACUCACAAUUCUUCAUCACCCUGAAGAAAGCCGAGCACCUGGACUUCAAACACGUGGCUUUCGGCUGGGUUCGGGGCGGAAUGGACGUGGUGCAACAGAUGGGAGAGAUGGGCACAAAGGGAGGCGUGCCCACAAAGAAGCUUGUCAUCACAGACUGUGGACAGCUGUAGCUUUUUUAAAUGUUAAGAUCAACGUUUACAGCUUGGUUUCGGCAAUAACGUUAUGAUCAAAAAAGACUUUGGAUAAUGAUGUGUUUCCUGUGCAGUGCUUCUGCUAAAACUGAAUCCAUAGUCAUGAGGCAUAUGAGAAUUAAACACUGAUCACAGGACUACUGAUCAAGACCCUUCACCAGAGAAACUUGGCUCCUGGAAUUAGACAUCAUUUCUAUCUAGCUGUCCUAUAACAUAAUCACAAAUGGGAAAUAGUACGUGGGAGGAGGCAUUUGGAGCAAACAUAGUACACUUUUGCUCUAUUGCACUUGCAUCUUUAUCGCCGUCUGUCAAUAAAUUCUCAUCAUUUUGUUUAUUUUGUGUGUAUAGUUGUACAUGGAUUACUUUUUUUUUUUCUUCUUUUCUUUUGUCUUGCAUGUGCUCAAUAUGAAUGUGCUGGUCCUCUUCAUAAGCUCCACUCUGGUAUGUUUUCCCUUUUUGAGGAAGUCUUAACUAUAAUUAAAAGGUGAGGUUGUUUUUUUGAAUGCACCUACUGGUUUGUAACUGUGUACUUUUUACUGUAGGGCUCCCCCAGUGAUUUUUCUUUGUGUUAAGUGGAUUUCACAACGUGCAGAUAAUUGGACUUCACACUGGCCCACACAAACUUGACUCAUCUCGCCGUGUUGCCCCGUGGACGGAGGGUGGCUCGAUGAUGACAUUACAUCUGGUUUGGAUUUUACAAAGGCAAUCCAUUAUAGUUUGAGAUAAUCACAAAGUUGAAAUGGUGCUUGUUGUACCAAAAUAAUUUGCUUAUAAAGGAGAAAUAAAGUUGUUUUAAAAGUAA